AUGUGUCCUCGUGUUAAUAGUUAUGGCGUGGAGGAGGGAUGGAUAUGUCCUUGUGUUAAUAGUGAUGGUGUGGAGCAGGAAUGGAUGUAUUCUGGUGUUGAUAGUGAUGGUAUGGAGCAGGGAUGGAUGUGUUCUGGUGUUAAUAGUGAUGGCGUGGAGCAGGAAUGGAUGUGUCCUCGUGUUAAUAGUGAUGGUGUGGAGCAGGGAUGGAUGUAUUCUGGUGUUAAUAGUUAUGGCGUGGAGGAGGGAUGGAUGUGUCCUGGUGUUAAUAGUGAUGGUGUGGAGGAUGGAUGGAUGUGUCCUUGUGGUAAUAGUGAUGGUGUGGAGGAUGGAUGGAUGUGUUCUGGUGUAAAUAGUGAUGGCGUGGAGCAGGGAUGGAUGUAUUCUGGUGUUAAUAGUGAUGGUGUGGAGGAGGGAUGGAUGUGUCCUGGUGUUAAUAGUGAUGGUGUUGAGCAGGGAUGGAUGUAUUCUGGUGGUAAUAGUGAUGGUGUGGAGCAGGGAUGGAUGUGUCCUCGUGUUAAUAGUGAUGGUGUGGAGCAGGGAUGGAUGUGUCCUCGUGUUAAUAGUGAUGGUGUGGAGCAGGGAUGGAUGUGUCCUCGUGUUAAUAGUGAUGGUGUGGAGCAGGAAUGGAUGUAUUCUGGUGGUAAUAGUGAUGGUGUGGAGCAGGGAUGGAUGUGUUCUGGUGUAAAUAGUGAUUGCGUGGAGCAGGGAUGGAUGUGUCCUCGUGUUAAUAGUGAUGGUGUUGAGCAGGGAUGGAUGUGUCCUCGUGUUAAUAGUGAUGGUGUGGAGCAGGAAUGGAUGUAUUCUGGUGGUAAUAGUGAUGGUGUGGAGCAGGGAUGGAUGUGUUCUGGUGUAAAUAGUGAUUGUGUGGAGCAGGGAUGGAUGUGUCCUCAUGUUAAUAGUGAUGGUGUUGAGCAGGGAUGGAUGUGUCCUCGUGUUAAUAGUGAUGGUGUUGAGCAGGGAUGGAUGUGUCCUCGUGUUAAUAGUGAUGGUGUGGAGCAGGAAUGGAUGUAUUCUGGUGGUAAUAGUGAUGGUGUGGAGCAGGGAUGGAUGUGUUCUGGUGUAAAUAGUGAUUGCGUGGAGCAGGGAUGGAUGUAUUCUGGUGUUAAUAGUGAUGGCGUGGAGCAGGAAUGGAUGUGUCCUCGUGUUAAUAGUGAUGGUGUUGAGCAGGGAUGGAUGUAUUCUGGUGUUAAUAGUGAUGGCGCGGAGCAGGAAUGGAUGUGUUCUCGUGUUAAUAGUGAUUGCGUGGAGCAGGGAUGGAUGUAUUCUGGUGUUAAUAGUGAUGGCGUGGAGCAGGAAUGGAUGUGUCCUCGUGUUAAUAGUGAUGGUGUUGAGCAGGGAUGGAUGUAUUCUGGUGUUAAUAGUGAUGGCGCGGAGCAGGAAUGGAUGUGUUCUCGUGUUAAUAGUGAUGGCGCGGAGCAGGAAUGGAUGUGUUCUCGUGUUAAUAGUGAUGGCGUGGAGCAGGGAUGGAUGUAUUCUGGUGUUAAUAGUGAUGGUGUGGAGCAGGGAUGGAUGUGUCCUGGUGUUAAUAGUGAUGGUGUGGAGCAGGGAUGGAUGUAUUCUGGUGUUAAUAAUGAUGGCGUGGAGCAGGGAUGGAUGUGUUCUCGUGUUAAUAGUGAUGGUGUGGAGGAGGGAUGGAUGUGUCCUGGUGUUAAUAGUGAUGGUGUGGAGCAGGGAUGGAUGUAUUCUGGUGUUAAUAGUGAUGGCGUGGAGCAGGGAAGGAUGUGUCCUCGUGUUAAUAGUGAUGGUGUUGAGCAGGAAUGGAUGUCUCCUCGUGUUAAUAGUGAUGGUGUGGAGCAGGGAUGGAUGUAUUCUGGUGUUAAUAGUGAUGGCGUGGAGCAGGAAUUGAUGUGUCCUCGUGUUAAUAGUGAUGGUGUUGAGCAGGGAUGGAUGUGUCCUCGUGUUAAUAGUGAUGGUGUGGAGCAGGAAUGGAUGUAUUCUGGUGGUAAUAGUGAUGGUGUGGAGGAGGGAUGGAUGUGUCCUCGUGUUAAUAGUGUUGGUGUGGAGCAGGGAUGGAUGUAUUCUGGUGUUAAUAGUGAUGGCGCGGAGCAGGAAUGGAUGUGUUUUCGUGUUAAUAGUGAUGGUGUGGAGCAGGGAUGGAUGUAUUCUGGUGUUAAUAGUGAUGGUGUGGAGCAGGGAUGGAUGUGUUCUCGUGUUAAUAGUGAUGGUGUGGAGCAGGGAUGGAUGUGUUCUCGUGUUAAUAGUGAUGGUGUGGAGCAGGGAUGGAUGUAUUCUGGUGUUAAUAGUGAUGGCGUGGAGCAGGGAUGGAUGUGUCCUUGUGUUAAUAGUGAUGGUGUGGAGCAGGGAUGGAUGUAUUCUCGUGUUAAUAGUGAUGGUGUGGAGCAGGGAUGGAUGUGUUCUCGUGUUAAUAGUGAUGGUGUGGAGCAGGGAUGGAUGUGUCCUUGUGUUAAUAGUGAUGGUGUGGAGCAAGGAUGGAUGUGUCACUGA